AUGUUUGCUGAUGAUAAUAAUGUAUAUUUAAUGAACCCGAGUGCUACAGAUUGUACUGGAGCAUAUUUAAUAGAUCGGAGCCCUGAGUAUUUUGAACCAAUAUUAAAUUACUUAAGGCAUGGGGAUGUUAUUUUAGACAAACAUGUAAAUCCUAAAGGAGUUUUAGAAGAAGCAGUGUUCUAUGGAAUUGAUUCCAUGAUACCCCAUCUUCAUCAAUUGAUUGAAGAGUCUACAUCAGCAAGCUCUAACAAUCAAUCAUUAACCCGAAUGGAUGUUGUUCGUUCAAUUAUAUUAACACCAACAACAUCAGAACUGAGGUAUCAAGGAGUUAAUCUUGCUGGAGCUGAUUUAAAUAGAUUGGAUUUGAGAUACAUCAACUUUAAGUAUGCAUGUCUCUCACGGUGCAACUUAAGUGGAACAAAUUUAUCACAUUGCUGUCUGGAACGCGCUGACUUAUCACAUGCUAAUUUGGAAGGCUGUCAGCUUUUGGGUGUGAAAGCUUUGUGCGCUAAUAUGGAAGGUGCAAUUCUUAAAGGUUGUAAUAUGGAAGACCCAGCUGGGUCAAGGGCUGUGAUGGAAGGAGUUAACCUAAAAGGUGCUAAUUUGGAAGGAAGUAAUAUGGCUGGUGUGAAUUUAAGAGUGGCAACAUUAAAAAAUGCCAAUCUUCAGAACUGUGAUCUCAGAACUGCCGUUUUAGCUGGUGCAGAUUUAGAGUGCUGCGAUUUGUCUGGCAGUGAUCUUCACGAAGCUAAUCUACGUGGCGCAAAUUUAAAAGACGCGGCAUUCGAACUGAUGUUGACACCGCUUCAUAUGUCACAAACUAUACGC